ACCAGGAAAUAAUAGUUUUAAAUGAAUUGUUACUUCAUAAUCUUGGAAUGAUGCCCUUAUGCCCGCCCUUCCUUCCUACAGAAUGAAGAUUUUUAAACCAGAGGCAAGUGAAACCAUGUUGAGAGAUGAAACAAAUUUCUUUCACAAGGAGUCACAAAGAAAAUUGAGGCCCCUUCAACACAACGUGAAUUCCUCCUCUUCUGUGAGAGAUGGCGACAGUGGUUCACCGCCUAAAAUGUUUCUGUGGUCCAAGCCACAACAGGAAGAGCAACCAGCAAGAAACAUAUAUAAGAAGAUAAGAACACAUGAUAUUCUGGACAAACGGAAAACAGCCACUGCCCUGAAAGAUGGAGAGAACAGGGCCUUAUAUCUGGGUCUGGCAAUGCUGGUGUGUUCAUCACUGAUUGCCUUCCUUUUGGGAAUAAAAGUGGUCCAACACAACAAGGAGAGUGUUUGGACAGAGGUAUCAAAAUGCACUGUCCUUGAAGCAAGAAUUACAAACUGCAGAAACUGCAAAUUCAACUGUGGGCCAGAUUGUUGGAAACCAUCACAGUCUGCUUGCCUACAGGUAUAUGUUAAUUUAUCCUCUUCAGGGAUGAAGGUUCUGCUACACCAGUCAGAAGAGACUGUACGCUUCAAUUCUGAGUGUUUCUGCACUUCAAAUUGUAAAAGGAAUCAUUCAGAAAAUAAAAUGCUAUUGGCUUCUCUUAAAGAAAACAUCACACAGUUUCAGUCUUUUCCAUGUUAUUAUGAUCCAAAAGGAAGACAAAGGAAUGUCCUCUUGGCAAGAUUUGAUAUGUUUAAUGCUUUGUGUCAUGCAAUGCUCUGGCCUUCUUGUAUGUUUCUUGGUGGAAUUGUACUUGUCGUCCUGGUGAAGCUGACACAGUACCUGUCUCUGCUCAGUGAACAGUCAAAGUAAGAAAUUGAAAAGAAUGAAAAAAGUUGCAAAUAUUCAUCAAAGUUCCUUAAGAAUUGACACAUAUAUUGUACCAUGAUGCUAGCAGAAAAAUUACAGGUCUUUGUUAUACAAUCUCAAACUGGAACUUCUGUCUUUUAAUAAAUACAUGCAAACAAUGUAAAAUGCUUCAAGUACCUGCAAAAUUAAAUAACAACUUCAAGUUGUUGCUGAUGAGUAACACAAAGAUAGCUAAGCAAAUUUAAUUUAGCCCAAAUAAGAGAUACUUGUGCAUUAGAAACAAUCACA